UUUUUCAUUUCUAGGAUCUUCAAAUGCGUUUUCGCGAGGGUUCCCGAAGAAUCACCACCAUUGCCCGACUCCUCCUCUUAUACGCUUCUACUCCGGCUCUCCACUUCGGUUAACAAGAACAAUUCUCUCUAAAUUCCAUUUCCCAAUAUUCUAUUUCCGAUUCUUUCUCCUCCACUUCCACUUCAAUCCAUUGCCCACUAGUUCGCUCGCUGUUGAGGCUAAUCUUUACCAAUGGCUUCCACCACUGCGCCAUUUUAUGCACUUGGGAUUCGUUUUCCUUCACAUUCCUCUUCCGUUUCUUCUUCCACUAGAAACGCGCUCAUUCUCAAGCCUCCGCUUCCCGUUUCCCUCACUGCGAAACCUAAAUCGCGCUUGCUGUUGAAUACCAAUGGUGGGUGUCACAGAUUUGGGAGGAAUUCGAGGUUUGUUGUUCGCUGUGAUUCCUCAAAUGGAAGGAUUACACAGCAAGAAUUUACAGAAAUGGCUUGGCAAGCUAUUGUUUCUUCGCCAGAAAUAGCAAAGGAAAACAAGCAUCAAAUUGUGGAGACUGAGCAUCUGAUGAAGACUCUACUGGAGCAGAAGAAUGGGUUGGCUCGUCGGAUAUUUUCUAAGAUUGGGGUUGACAAUACCCGUCUUUUGGAGGCUACUGAUCAAUUCAUCAAACGCCAACCUAAGGUUCUUGGUGAGUCAGCUGGUUCAAUGUUGGGACGUGACUUGGAAGCACUGAUCCAACGAGCCAGAGAAUUCAAGAAAGAGUAUGGGGACUCAUUUGUGUCUGUGGAGCACUUGGUUCUUGGAUUCGUUCAAGAUCAACGUUUUGGGAAGCAAUUGUUUAAGGAUUUCCAAAUAUCAUUGCCAACUUUGAAAUCUGCAAUCGAGUCCGUUAGGGGGCGCCAAUCUGUUAUUGACCAAGACCCUGAAGGCAAGUAUGAAUCUCUUGAAAAAUAUGGAAAAGAUCUGACAGCAUUGGCUAAAGCUGGGAAGCUUGACCCUGUCAUUGGAAGAGAUGAUGAAAUUAGAAGGUGCAUUCAGAUUCUAUCUAGAAGAACAAAGAACAAUCCUGUGCUUAUUGGUGAACCUGGUGUUGGUAAAACUGCUAUUUCUGAAGGGCUCGCUCAAAGAAUUGUUCAAGGUGAUGUACCUCAAGCUUUGAUGAAUAGGCGGUUAAUAUCUCUUGACAUGGGUGCUCUAAUUGCUGGAGCAAAAUAUCGUGGAGAAUUUGAGGAUAGGCUCAAGGCUGUUCUGAAGGAAGUUACAGAAUCGGAUGGCCAGAUUAUCUUAUUUAUUGACGAAAUUCACACUGUUGUUGGAGCAGGUGCUACAAACGGUGCAAUGGACGCUGGUAAUCUGUUGAAGCCUAUGCUUGGUAGGGGUGAGCUUCGGUGUAUCGGUGCCACAACAUUGGAUGAGUAUCGAAAGUACAUUGAAAAGGAUCCAGCAUUGGAGCGUCGGUUUCAGCAAGUUUAUGUUGAUCAGCCAAGUGUGGAAAAUACCGUUUCUAUCCUCCGUGGGCUUCGUGAAAGAUACGAGCUGCAUCAUGGAGUUCGCAUAUCUGACAGUGCUCUUGUAGAAGCUGCAAUUCUUUCAGACCGUUAUAUUAGUGGACGAUUUCUACCCGACAAAGCCAUUGACCUCGUUGAUGAAGCUGCUGCUAAGCUAAAAAUGGAAAUUACUUCGAAACCGACUGCUCUUGAUGAGAUCAAUAGGGCAGUACUGAAGCUCGAGAUGGAGAGACUCUCUCUAACAAACGAUACUGACAGAGCUUCUAGAGACAGGUUGAGUCGGCUUGAAGCCGAGUUGUCUCUCCUAAAGGAGAAACAAGCCCAGCUGACUGAGCAGUGGGAGCAUGAAAAGUCCGUCAUGACUCGCCUUCAGUCUAUCAAAGAGGAGAUCGACCGGGUAAAUGUGGAGAUCCAGCAAGCUGAAAGGGAGUAUGAUCUUAACAGAGCGGCUGAAUUGAAAUAUGGAAGCUUAAAUUCCUUGCAGCGCCAGCUUGCAGAUGCAGAAAAGGAAUUAGAUGAGUAUAUGAACUCUGGAAAGUCCAUGUUGAGAGAAGAAGUGACCGGAAGUGAUAUUGCUGAAAUUGUAAGCAAGUGGACUGGGAUCCCUGUUUCUAAGCUUCAACAAUCCGAGAGGGAGAAGCUUUUACAUUUGGAGGAAGAACUUCAUAAACGUGUCGUGGGUCAAGACCCAGCAGUUAAAUCCGUUGCCGAAGCCAUUCAAAGAUCUCGGGCUGGUCUCUCCGAUCCAAACCGUCCGAUUGCUAGUUUCAUGUUCAUGGGUCCGACUGGUGUUGGAAAAACAGAACUAGCCAAGGCUCUUGCUUCUUAUUUAUUCAACACUGAAGAAGCCCUCGUGCGAAUCGACAUGAGCGAGUACAUGGAGAAGCAUGCAGUUUCAAGACUAAUUGGAGCCCCACCUGGUUAUGUAGGUUAUGAGGAGGGCGGGCAGUUAACGGAGACUGUUCGCCGAAGGCCAUAUGCGGUUAUUCUGUUCGAUGAGAUAGAGAAGGCUCAUUCCGAUGUGUUCAAUGUGUUCCUUCAGAUUCUGGACGACGGGCGAGUGACCGACUCGCAAGGACGAACUGUGAGCUUUACGAACACAGUUAUCAUCAUGACUUCAAAUGUGGGUUCACAGUAUAUUCUCAAUACUGAAGAUGAUACACAACCAAAGGAAACAGCAUAUGAAACCAUAAAGCGACGAGUUCUGGAAGCUGCAAGGUCAAUCUUUCGUCCCGAGUUCAUGAACAGAGUUGACGAAUACAUCGUUUUCCAACCUCUAGACCGCGAUCAGCUCAACAGUAUUGUUCGGUUACAGCUGCAACGGGUUCAAAAGAGAGUUGCAGACAAGAAGAUGAAGAUCGAGGUGAGCGAAGCAGCAAUUCUACUUCUCGGAAGUCUCGGGUACGACCCGAACUACGGUGCUAGACCAGUGAAGCGCGUAAUACAGCAGAACGUGGAGAACGAAAUCGCAAAGGGCAUAUUGAGAGGAGAAUUCAAGGAGGAAGACACAAUUGUAAUAGACACAGAGGUAUCGGCAUUCUCUAAUGGCCAACUUCCACAGCAAAAGCUUGUUUUCAGAAGAGUGGAGAACAAAGGCGCAGACAAUCCAAACGCAGAUAGCAUACAAGCCUCUGCUCAGAUUGUAUGAACCAAAUGCCGCUUUGUAUUCACACACUUUCUAUGUAGGGAAUAUACAUAGCAAGAUUAAUGUUUUUUUUACCCUUUUUUUUUCACUCUCUAUAAAGUUCACAUAAGGUAAUAAUACCAUGUAAUUUGAGGCUGCUUUUACCUUAGGCCUUAUA